AUGGUUUAUCUUAGGUUAAGUUUAGUAGAGAUUCCAAUGAUACUUUUUAUAUGUUUGAUUAUGUUGUCCAAAUAUGGAGAAGGAGUAAACUAUACUAAUGUAUCGGAAGAAGAAAUCAUGGAGAUUGAAAGACAACUCAAGACUCUCAAUAAACCACCAAUCAAGACGAUAAUCACUAAAAUGGGUGAUACUGUAGAUUGCAUCGACAUCUACAAACAACCUGCUUUCGACCAUCCAUUACUUAAAAAUCAUAAAAUCCAGAUGGAACCAAGUUAUUCUAUUCGAAAAGAAAACAUCAGUAUGAUAGAUUCAUCAUCCACAAAAGCUUCAUCGAUACAAAUUAAUGAUCUUGGUAAAGAAAUUAUGUGUCCGAUAGGAACAGUCCCUAUUCGAAGGACCACAAAGCGGGAACUAACAUUUUCACAUCUUCUACGAAAAAGUAAACAAAACCAUACAAAUGAUGUGAACCUCCGGAACAUGUAUCGUCAUUAUGUAUCUGUGGAAACACCACCGAACACACAUGCGAUAUAUCAUGGAGCUAUAGCUAGCUUUGGAAUUCAUACUCUAUCUGUAACUUCGAAUCAAUAUAGUACAUCACAAAUGUGGGUUCAAAAUGGAGAGGCGGAAGCAACAAAUAGCAUUGAAGGAGGGUGGGCUGUAUACCCAGAACUUUUUGGUGAUCAUGCUACCAGAUUUUUUACCCAUUGGACAGCUGAUGGACAUAUAAACACGGGUUGUUUCAAUACGCUUUGCCCAGGAUUCGUCCAGAUAGGUUCUCAAAUUCUAUUUGGUGCAGUUUUAAAUCCCCAAACAACCUAUGGAACAGAAGUAUUAUUAAGUGUGAUUAUGGAUGAAGAUACUCGUAAUUGGUGGAUUUAUAUUGGUGAAAACCAAAGAGCGCCCAUUGGGUACUGGCCAAGUGAAAUAUUCACUUAUCUUCCAGCCGCCUCAUUAAUCAGAUUCGGUGGAAUAGCAGGCGCAAUACCAAAUACACCAAGUCCACCUAUGGGAAAUGGCAAUUUACCAACAAAAGAUUAUAAAAUAGAAUCAACGGGUUUUAUACGAUUAUUACGAGUCGUUGAAGCAAAUGGAGACACAAGCUACUUCGGCAAUUCAGAAGUAACACAGAAAGAUACAAAUGAUGAUUGUUAUAAUAUUAUCUUUCGCAAAUAUGGUUUAUGGGAAAGACGCAAACAUGGGUAUAAUUCAAUGAUAUAUGGAGGUCCCGGUGGUAAUUGCCUCUGA